AUGACUACUGUCUACAGACAGAGCUCCUCUUCUACCUAUGGUGGUGGCUUUGGGGGCGGUGGAAGCAGCAGCUCUCGCCUCUCCUCAAUCCGAACGGGAGGAUCCUACAGGGCUCCAAGUAUACAUGGAGGAUCUGGUGGCAGGGGUGUCUCUGUCUCUUCAGCUCGGUAUGUCUCCUCCGUAGGAAGUGGAUUUGGUGGUGGCUUGUGUUCUGGUUUGGGUAGUGGCUAUGGAGGAGGCUACGGAGGAGGUAGUGCCUUACAAAGUGGCUUUGGUUGGGGUGCAGCCUCUGGCUUUGGUGGAGGGGCUGGCUUUGGUGGAGGUCUUGACUUUGGUGGUGGUGAUGGCCUUCUCUCUGGAAAUGAAAAGAUAACUAUGCAGAAUCUGAACGACCGUCUGGCUGCAUACCUGGACAAGGUACGAGCACUGGAAGAGGCAAAUGCUGAUUUAGAGGUCAAAAUACGAGACUGGUACCAGAAGCAAGCUCCCACCAGCCCAGAGCGGGACUACAGCCACUAUUACAAGAUAAUUGAAGAUCUCCGAGACAAGAUCCUUGCAGCUACUAUUGACAACUCCAGAAUCAUUUUGGAGAUUGACAAUGCCAGGCUGGCUGCAGAUGACUUCAGACUGAAAUAUGAAAACGAGCUGUUCCUUCGCCAGAGCGUGGAGUCCGACAUCAACGGCCUGCGCAGAGUCCUGGACGAGCUGACUCUGGCCAGAGCUGACCUGGAGAUGCAGAUUGAAACGCUGAAGGAGGAGCUGGCCUACCUCAAGAAGAACCACGAGGAGGAAAUGAAAGAAUACAAAAAUCAGCUAAGCGGAACAGUCAAUGUAGAAAUGGAUGCUGCUCCUGGAAUCGACCUGACCAGAAUACUCUCCGAGAUGAGGGAACAGUAUGAAGCUCUGGCAGAGAAGAAUCGCAAAGAUGCCGAGGCCUGGUUCUUCACUCAGACUGAUGAGCUGAACCGUGAAGUAGCCACACAUACACAACAGAUACAGACCGGCAAAUCGGAGAUCACAGAACUGAGACGCACCUUCCAGGGCCUGGAGAUAGAGCUCCAGUCCCAGCUCAGCAUGAAAGCUGGACUGGAAGCCAACUUGCGAGAUACAGAAGCACGGUACUGUGCACAACUAGCACAAAUUCAGGCCCUCAUCACCAACGUCGAGGAGCAGUUGAGUGAACUCCGAUGCGACAUGGAGCGUCAGAACCAGGAGUACCGAAUGCUCAUGGACAUCAAAAGCCGCCUGGAGCAGGAGAUUGCCACAUACCGCCAGCUCCUGGAGGGCCAGGACUCUCAGAUGUCGGGAUGGAGCCCUAAGGAUGAUUCUAUUGCAGUGUCACUUCCAGAUUUUUCAGACAUUGCCCGCAAUAUUGCCUACCUGUUUGAUUCCCACGCAGAGACUGAGAGUCCCUUUCUGCUCUCUGAACACAUUUUAUGUGCCAAGACGAACAAUGCUAAACUAGUCUUGCAGAUUGACAACGCCAGGCUGGGAGCUGAUGAUUUCAGAACCAAAAUUCCCUGUUUCCCACGUGUAACAGACAGUGCACCAGUAUCUCAAAUCACCACAAAAAUCCGCACCAUCACAGAGGAGAUUAAGGACGGAAGAGUCAUUUCUUCCCACGAACAAGUCCAGCAUUGCCCUCCUAUUUAA